UACGUGUGUAGAAUACCAAGUUUUACGGUCUUACAUGCUAUUUUGAUAUAUUUGGAGACCAAAAACUCAGGUCUGAAUAGAAUCGGUUGUAUAGGGUUAUAUAAUAUAGUCUUCCAACGUUCCCGGUUCCGACCAGUGAUCAAUGCCAAGUGAAAACUCAUCUGCGUACAAAGUUUGGCUGAAAUAUCACAAGAACACGCAAACUAGUGCGUGCAAACAGAUGUUUCCUAAUAUGUUAAGUUGGCAACUCAUGAAUUAGUUCACAACACGAAUAUAAAAGAAAAUAAGAAUAGUUUUCAAAUGUCGAGAAAUUCUGAAAUCAUUUUAAAUAAACGAAUCAAAAAGAAAUGCAUUUCAUUCAAUUUAAUAUUCGUAUAUAAUUGCUUGAAGUAUAUUUGAACAUAUAUUUGAACAAAGGCUUCAUGGUUAUAUCUUUAGAAUUUAAUUUACAAUACAAUACAAAAAUGCCAAAACGCUGUGAAAGUUGCAAUGAAAUUAUGGAUGAGCUACUAACAAUGCGACAAACAUUCGAAAGAAUGUCUAAAAAAUUAACCAAAGAAAUAACUGACCUGCAGCAAGAAGUAACUGAUGCUAUGACCAAUACAACACGAGGAAAAGCACAAAUUACUGAAGAGAAUAGUAGCUCAGUUCCAACUGAGCCACCUACAAAAGUGAAGUGUUGCAAUGUCGAUAAAAUUGAAUAUAAAAGUGUAAAAUCAAAAGAAAAAAUGAAUAGCAGGAUUCCGAAAUUUGGGCUUGAUAAUAGUGAGGCAAAAAAGCGGAUGAUGAAAUGGAAGAACAAAUUUUCAAUGACUAUGAAGAUUCAAUAUUAUAGUUUUUGAUAAAGCUUUAUAAAAAU